UGGGACGAGAAACUUCACAUUUAUCCGCUUGUCGACCUUACAAACGCCUCGAGAUCGUCCCCCCGCGCGUCCCCGGAGUUCGCUUCUUUUCCUGUUGCCUUAUACUCGUCCGCACCGCCCAAGCCGGAACGAGUUACUCGACGAUCACCGCGACCGAAAUCUCUACAUCGAACUACCAUUCCCGCGAGGGAGUCAAAGGCAGCAAACAUGGCCGAAACCAAGACUGCCGGCCAGCCCACUCUGGUCUUUGUCGAUGGAUCCUUCGAGGACCUCGCUGCCGAGAUGGCCGACUACCUUAAGGCUGAGGACGCCAAGCAACUUCUGAGCCAGGAGAAGCCUCCUUCUCAAGAGGAGGUCAUUUCCAAACUGGUCUCGGCCUCUGGAGCCCUUAACACUGUCCCCGAGAAGGAGUAUACCGCCGCUUCCAACCUUAUGACCCAUCUCGUCCUGAUGUCCUCCGACCCCAAGAAGUUCUUGCCCACUCUGUGCACCACUUUUGCCAAGCCUCUCCUCAACUCUCCCGUCCACGGCGCCGGCCUGUCACUCAACGCCUUGACCACUGUCUUUAACCUGCUCGACCCCGCCGACCCCGUCCGCGCCCGCGUCUUCAUGGAGAUUCUUAAGUUCCUGAGAGCUCACGGCAUGUUUGAGAGUCUGCGCACAUAUCUCGAUAAGCUGCCCGAGUGGCUUGCUACCUGGGGCACCGAUGCCGAUUUCCAGCGAAAGAUUUAUGAGGAGGUCGCUGAGGUUGCCAUUGAGGCUGGCGAGGAGCAACAAGCCUACGAGUACGUCGUCAAGGCUCUCCGAACAUUCGACGGCGAUGCCAUCUCCUCCGAGGAGGCCCAGCGACUAUCUCUUCGUGCCGUCAAGAAGGCACUCACUUCCAAUAACCACUUCCUGUUCCAAGACCUGCGGGGGAUUCCAAGCGUCCAGGCCCUCAGCGACUCACACCCCGUCUACUCGCAACUCCUCGAUAUCUUUGCUGAGCAGGACCUGGAGGAUUACAACGACUUCAACGACGAGCACCAGGGUUGGGUUGAGAAGGAGAAGCUCGACCACGAGAAACUUCACCGCAAGAUGCGCCUCCUAACUUUCUCCAGCUUGGCCGCCUCCACCCCUAGCCGCGAGAUCGAGUACUCCAAGAUCACCAAGGCUCUCCAGAUUCCCGAGAACGAGAUCGAGAUGUGGGCUAUUGACGUGAUCCGUGCCGGACUUGUUGAGGGCAAGCUUUCCCAGCAACGCCAGAAAUUCCUUGUUCACAAGGUCACAUACCGCGUCUUUGGCCAGAAGCAGUACCAGGAGCUGGCUAACCGGGUUGACCACUGGAGGACAACCCUGCAGAACGUUCUGGGUGUUUUGCGCCAGGAGCAGGCCAACGCCAAGGCUCAGAAGGAGCGCGAGAUUCAAGAGUUGGAGCGCAAGGUCGCCAACGCCGGCGUUAGCGGCAACCAAGAUGGCGGUAGACGCCGACAGAACCAAAACCGGGAGCCUCGCGAACCUCGAGAGCCCCGUGAACCUCGCGAACCCAGGGAGCCCCGGGAGAGGACAGAAGAUGACGACUAGACGAGGCAGAAUAAAGAAGGAUAUGCCAGGACAUGACUAAAAACGAGACUAGAGCAGUCGUGGGGAAGAAAAACGAGGGGGCUUUUUUCUGGGAAUGGGGGACAUUGUUAUACCUGCUUUGUGUUAAUACAUCGUUGGGCAUAUGAGAGAGAGAAUCCAGCGAACGAAGGGUUGCUAAUGCGAAUGGCGUAGCCGGUUUCAUGAGCAUAUUGGUCUUCUACCUUCCCAGCAUUGAGGCGAAGAUGGUGUCAUGGCACUCUUCUUCACAAUAGAACAAAAAUUGAAUGCAUGUUAAACACAAAGCGAGUCUU